AUGGGUGUGUUUACUGGUUUUGGUGCAUGGAUCAAUCAGAACAUUCAACAGCCUCUUAAGGCCGAGUCAAAGAGUUCUGAGAAUGCUAAAUCUAAGUCAAGGUCAGAGAUAAAUACUCACGAGAAGAAAGAUGAGAUGAAGGAGCAAUUAACACUUUGGAGAGAUGCAGAGAAGAAGAAACAAUGGUAUGAUGCUCCUGGUAAGGUGAAAACAGAAAAGGGUAUUUGUCAUAUGCACUUGGAAUUUACAUUAGGAUUGCCUCCUAAAGCAGCAUACGACGUUUUAACUAAUCCAGAGAACCAAUCCUACUCCAGAUUCGUCAAUGACCGCGCACUUCUGGAUAACAUAUCAAGAAAAAUUGUGACGAAUGAUGGAACGAAGAUGGUUGUGGAGGCGGAGAAAGAUGUGGUCUGGAACAUCAGUUCAUGGUCACGACCUAUCCCGAUAACUCUAUUAAUCGAAGAAAACGAAAAAGAUCUUUCCCCUUGA